AUUGACGCAACGCGUGUGGAAGUUGCCGAAACACGAAACUCGUGGGCGGACCGAUCUCGGGAACACUCCGUAAUCUCACCUUGAUCAAUAAAACAUGUCGAAGCCCCCAUUCACUCAAGCGACGGCUCAAGAUCUCUGGAACGCACAGAACCCCGAAGACGUUGCAAAGGCAUACACUCCAGACUGCAUCUGGCGCAAUAGAGACCAUUUCUUCUCCGGAACCGAUGCCAUCAUUGACUUCUUGACUCGCAAAUGGGAGAAGGAAAAGGAGUAUCGCUUGCGUAAGGAGCUGUUUGCCUUUGGCGAUGAUAAGAUCGCGGUCCAAUUCUGGUAUGAAUUCAAAGAUGCCCAAAGUGGCAAGUGGACGAGAUGUUACGGUCUUGAGGAUUGGACAUUUGCAGAGGACGGCAAGAUGCGCAAGCGACAGAUGAGCGGUAACAACAUUGAGAUUAGCGAGGCCGAGCGAUGGUUCAAGGAAGGCGUUGAUGUGAACUCGGUGGACAUUUCCGAAGCGCACUGGUAGAGGAAGAUUCCGUAAAGCAUGGAGCAGUCGGCAGCCUCUCUUGACUGCUCAAAAUCGUAUCAUGUCUCGAAU